AUGGCGACGCGUGCGGCCGACGAGGCAAUCUGCCUCUACUUCGCCGGGACGCGCACGGCGGAACGUCAGUGCGAGCACCCGCUCUUCCUCAACAUGCUGCGCGCCGUUGCUGCCGCUGGAAGCAGCUACGUUCCUCCCAAGCGUGACUUCGUCGGCGGCGUCGGGCUGCAGGAGUGCAAGAGGCGGAUUGAAAAGGGGUUGGAGCCGAUUACGAAAACCUGGACGGAGACCGGCGUGACGAUUGCCAGCGACAUGAUGCGGGACAAGAGCGGGCGCGCGCAGAUGAACAUCAUUUGUAUCAACGACAACGGCGCGGUGUUCCAGGAGGCGGUCGACUGCAAGGCGGAGACUAAGAGUGGGGCGUUCAUCGUGAGCGUCCUGCAGCCGAUCAUCGAGAAGAUUGGGUCGCAGCACGUCGUCGCUUUUUGCUCGGACGGCGGCAGCAACUACGUGUCCGCCAGCAAGAAGCUGCAGGAGAUCUACCCGCAUCUCGAGUUCGUUCCCUGCGCCACUCACGUGCUCGACCUGCUGAUUGAGGACAUCGGCGGGAUGGACUGGGCGCAGGAGGUCGUCCCUGUUGCGAACGACAUCAUCUCCUUCGUGCGCAGCCACACGUGGACGCGCGCCUUCCUGCGGUGUCCCGAGCUGCACGGCGAGGAGAAGUCGCUGCAGGCGCUGCGCCCGGCGGGCACGCGCUUCGGGACGAACUUCAUCGCUACUGGAAAGACUUUUGCCGCGUCGGUGUUGGAUGUGGGGUGGUGGAAGAAGGCGGAGACAUUCGUGAAGGUGAUGGAGCUGCCCUACAAGGUGAUGAGGCGGACUGAUGGGGAGGCGAAGGGGAGGAUGGGUGAGAUGUACGACAUCAUGCUGCAGCUGACGGAGGACUUGCAGAAGCUGUUGGAGAACGAUGAUUGUGGGCUCAAGAGGGCGGAUAAGGACGGGGUGAAGGAGCACCUGAGGCGGCGUUGGGACGAGAACUUGGCCUGCCCCCUUCACGUGGUUGGCCGGAUUCUGAACCCGGCCAACCAAGAGGAGGGGAUCUACCACAAGGACGUCGAGUGCACUCGGGUGAUGAAGGCGUGGCUCCAGCGCUCGAAGGCAUUUGUCGACAAGUAUUGGAAGAGCGGCGGCGACACUAAGGGGACGAUGAAGGCGCUGCAGGAGGGGAUGCUUGUGUUCAUUGAGGGGAAGGGGUGCUUCGGGUCUGAGGAUGCAAUAGAGGGGCGGGCGGAGAUUAACGCCGGGAAGGGGGACAUGGUGACGUGGUGGAAGGUGAACGGCUGGGAGUACCAGGAGCUGGCUGGCCUUGCGUGCCAGGCGCUCUCACAGUCCGUCUCCGCUUCACCGUGCGAGCGCGGAUGGGCCACGUGGGAUGGCGUGCACAGGGCGCGCAGGAACAGGUUGGGUUCAGAGAAGGUCCGCGACCUUGUGUUCGUUGCGCACAACUGGAACGUUGUGCACAACCACCACAAGGGUGCGGCAGGUGCGGGGCCGAGUGGGGAAGUCAGGAAGGCGGGAAUAGUGGAGGGGAACAUUCCCCCCCGACCCCUUCCCGAGGGGUACAAGCUUGAGGAGGAUGGAGAGGUGGAGGUGGAUGAGGAUGACCUCACCUUCGACGAGUACAAGGAGCAGGAGGAUUUGGAGAAGGAGGAGGAGAUGGGGAUGGAGAGCGAGGAGGAUGAGGACUAUACUGAGGAGCAUGGCGUGUUGCAGAUCGUCGCGCUCUCGCCAGCAUCUUCUCCUGCAUCCCCUCCCACCUCAAACGUGAUCCCCGCCCCACCUCCUCCUCUGGCCUCCCGGAAAACUCUGUCUACUCAGUACGACCGACAGGACCUUCGCUCCCUCCUUGCUCUCUUUCGCAAAUUUCAAGACACCACCCUUGACUCCUCCCCCACUGCAGCUACCUUAACUCGCCGCCUCAUUGAUACUGCAUAUCCUCUCAACAACCGCGGCAUUGUCAUUCAUGAAUCUCUUUGCGCUGCACGCAUCCUCGACUACCUCCCACCCACAUACGACACCUAUCGCAUCACCUUCAUCUCCCGCUACCGCCAUCCUCCUCCUGAGGCUGACACCAUCGACUGGUCCUCACAGCAGACGCUCCCGUCUCCCUGCACCUUACGGCAACUCAACGCAGCCGAGCAGCAUUGCAGCUGUCUCCCCGCCCCGACCCUCAGCGCAGCAGAGCAGCAGUGCAGCUGUGUCCCCACCCCGGCCCGACCCUCCAGCGCAGCUGUCUUGCAACUCCACCGCCUCCUCUUCCUCAUCUCUCUCCGAACCCCUAUGAAGACUCUCACGAUGAGCUCGUUUUCCUCCACCUCCUCUCACCCUAUCGCACCCAUCGUCCGCACCAUGGCUGGCACUCCAGUCCUCCUUUUCUCUGGCACCCCCACCAUCUACGAACCCACCACCUACGAGCAGGCGAUUGCAUGUCUUGACGAACCUCUCUGA